AUGACCAUGAUCGCAGAUCUAGGUUCCUACUUGAAGGACAAGAUAGAAUAUGCUUCCAUCUUCUCAUCCCAACCACCCAUCUUCAUUUUGCCAACACAUCUCUCCUUAGAGGAGCUGGACGAGAUUGAAGGCAGAUUGAUAGAUUAUGGUGGAAGAUUGACCUACGACAUCGCCGAAGCUGGCCUCGUUCUAGGAAAAGUCGAGCGCGCGAAGCGGGCAGCGCUGGAACUACGCACGCGCGGUACCUGGACCGAGGAGCUCGUACCCAGCUCGGCUUCGAAAUCAAUUGGCGUGGAGCCCUCUUCCAAGCGCAGGCGCACCGAUCAGUACGAUGGGACUAAGGAUGUCCCGGUUGAAAUCAUCGAUCUCAGUACUGAGUCUGAGGGUGAGAGUGGAGCUACGAAUCGACAUGGCCCUUCAAAGAACCCGAUUCCAGAGCCAAAGGUAGAGGAAAUUAAAAAUUCAGUCACAGUCUUGAAACUCGAGUGGAUGGAUACCUCAAUCAAAUCCGGCAAAUGUGUGUCCCAAGACCCAUUUGUUGUCUACCGUGGGCGAAAGAUCCCUUCUCCACCUCCCACGACAAAGACAGAAAAUAAGCAAAACCUACUACAAAAUCCAAAUCAAAUAAUCGAGCGUGCAAAACAAGAUGCUGGUUUACCAACACCACGAGCUCCUCCUCCAGAUUACAUCCACGCACGACGCUCAAAGGAACCCCCGGAUGGGUCAUCCCCGCGUCCCCGACCAACCCUAUAUCGACAAACGACCUCUGAACACGAGAAAGAAGAAAACAAUGCACUCCCACAACCCGACUGGGUCCGCGACCAUGUCGUAUUCGCAUGUCUACGCUCAGCACCCCUACACCCUCCAAACGAGGACUUCAUCUCGCAGCUCGUGAAAAUCAGACGAAUCCGCGAACUCACCCUCGACGAGAUCGGUGUGCGUGCAUACAGCACCUCCAUCGCAUCUGUGGCAGCAUACCCAUAUCGCAUUCAGCGGCCAAGCGAGAUCCUCGCUUUGCCAGGGUGCAACGCCAAGAUUGCAGACUUGUUCGCGGAAUUCAAUAAACACGGUGGAUGCGAGCAUACCGAUGACGACGGGAAUGUUGCUGCCGCCGAUGCACUGGAGACGGACCCCAUGCUCCGGGUUUUGAACUUGCUCUACGGGAUUUGGGGCGUCGGAGCGAAGACAGCGCGCGAGUUCUACCAGCGUGGCUGGCGUGAUCUUGAUGAUAUUGUCGAGAAUGGGUGGAAUACGCUUUCGCGCGUUCAGCAGAUUGGAGUGAAAUUCUACGAGGAGUUUCAGGACGGCGUCCCUCGUGGUGAGAGCGAGGAUAUUGCCAAUAUCGUUCGUGGUCAUGCUGGCCGGGUUCGUCCCGAAGAUAAAGAUGGAAUUGAGUGUGUGAUUGUUGGCGGAUACAGACGUGGGAAGGAACUCAGUGGUGAUGUUGAUAUUGUAUUGAGUCAUCGCGAUGACGCGGUGACUAGGAAUCUGGUUGUUGAUGUUGUUGCUAGUCUUGAGGCUGAACGGUAUAUUACUCAUACGCUGUCGUUGCAUUUGACUUCUUCGCUGCGUGAGCAACAGACGUUACCUUUUCAUGGUGAUGAUACGAGGAAAUUCGAUACUUUGGAUAAGGCACUGGUUGUCUGGCAAGACCCGCACUUUGAUGCUACGGCCGUUGGAGAUGAUCGUCCGGGGAAAAAUCCAAAUAUUCAUCGUCGUGUCGAUAUCAUCAUAUCGCCUUGGCGUACGGUCGGUUGUGCAAUACUUGGCUGGUCUGGCGAUACGACGUUUCAGCGAGAUCUACGGCGUUAUGCGAAGAAAGCUCGCUCGUUGAAGUUUGAUUCGAGUGGGGUGAGAGACCGAGGUACUGGACGCCAGGUUGACCUGGAACAUGGUGGAGAGACCUGGGAAGAGAGGGAGAAACUUGUGAUGGAGGGAUUGGGGAUAGGUUGGAGACCACCAGAAGAACGGUGCUCGAGAUAG